AUUAGGAUUCUCAUGCAUAAUAUCUGUAUUAUUCGAACGCUCUAUUAUUUGUUCAUCCAUGAGAAAGUUCUGGCAAACGAUGAAUGUGCCAUGACACAUUACAUGCAUUGUACAACAUGAUAUUUUUACUAUGUAUAAUAGUGAAAUCGUGUGCAUGUAUAUGUGUGUGUCGAUUUAAGGACAAUCGACUGUGUCUGCCGUCACGAUAUCAAGGAAAGUCACCGAACUCAUCUAUAAAUAAGCUCCAAUUGCUAUUCGCGUGUAUCGAUUAUACUCAGCGAGUUGCGGCAACACAAAUCGUCAUGAUGAAUCGUCUUUGACACGAUACAGCGGGGAAGUUGCAUUUGUUUGAACGCGAUCACUCGAGUUUCUAUCGAUAGAAUCGAGCCAAAAUAACCCGAAAUUCUUGCUUACUUAUUUCAAUAAUUCCAUUCCUUUGCACAUCUUAUACAAAGUCAAGUUCCGUAUAGUAAUCCGGAAGAGAGUUCAAGCUUUAUCGAAUUUUCGCUCUCUAGCUGUUUGCAGAAUUUUGUAUGUCACUUUUCAUCAAUUUUAUAUCGCGUGUAUAUACAUGUGUUUUUAACCAAAUUCAAAAAUUUUAUAUAAAUAUUUCCUAAUAUAUUCAGGGGGGAUGCAGUAUUUAUGCAUUUACAUGCAUCUCCGUCCUCAAUUUAUUUGUAGAAUCUUGAAUUUCGGUUCUCGUCUUUUCUUUCAUUUUUCAAACAAUUAAAAUAAAAAUAAUAUAUAGUGUUGAUUUUGCAGAAAAGUGCGACCCCGUCUGUUCGACCCCUCUUUUCAGCCGGUUUACCUGUACCCUGUCAAGCGGGGACCACCCUUGACUAAUUACCGGCAGAUCGAUAAUUAUCGAUGAGGGCCGUGCACGAGACUCUUCGAGGCAGUCGAGGCUCGUCGACGAGCGAGUCAGCGUCUAGAGUUGCGGCUGUCCCGAUCGUAUCAAGACGUCAUCGCGUUUGUUUGUUCCGGUAUUUUUAGUUUACCCGAAGCACCCUGUCUUAAACAUUUCUUCCUCAUAAGACGGUAUUUGAUCGGAAAAUUCAUUAAAGUUAUUUCGCGCGAUCAUCUGCAAACUUGAUGUCGUCAACUGACAGCUAACGAUAAACGUCAUUUACUGAUGAGAAUUGUCAACUGACAGGUGGGAAGAACAAAUUAUCAAAAUAUUAAUCUAAUUUAGAAUUAUUUGAUACACAUCUAGAAACGUGAAUUUUAAAUGUAAUUAAAUGAUGGAUGGGCGUCUAAGUUUUUUCGAUGUAUUAUUUGAUAUAUAAAAUUGAGUGAACGAAAUCUCCGAUUUUUAGCGAACGAUAAACGUCAUUUACUGAUGAGAAUUGUCAACUGACAGCUAACGAUAAACGUUAUUUACCGAUGAUAAUUGUACGAGAUGGAGAAAUAUGAGAAUAUCGAGAUAGUAGGUGAGGGUAGUUAUGGACUCGUAAUGAAAUGCAAACAUCGCGAAACCGGACAAAUAGUAGCGAUAAAAAAGUUCUUGGCGACAGAAGAGGACGUGCAGGUGCGAAAAAUGGCAUUUCGCGAAAUAAGGAUGUUAAAGAAAUUACGCCACGAAAAUCUUGUGAGCAUGAUUGAAGUCUUCCGCCGUAAGAAACGGCUUUACCUCGUUUUCGAGUAUCUCGAUCAUACCGUGCUCGAUGAAUUGGAAAAGGCUGGCGAUGGUCUUGAUUGGGAAAGAGCAAGACGACAUAUUUUUCAAAUACUUCGCGGUUUGGACUUUUGUCACAAUCACAAAAUCAUGCAUCGUGACGUCAAACCCGAGAACGUGCUGGUGUCUCCAAACGGCGUAAUUAAACUUUGCGAUUUCGGUUUCGCGCGCUACAUCACCGGACCUAAUGAAUCUUGCACGGAUUACGUGGCGACGAGAUGGUACCGCGCGCCGGAACUCCUCGUCGGCGACUCCAGAUACGGGAGAGAGAUCGACGUCUGGGCGGCCGGUUGCAUCUACGCUGAGAUGAUCACUGGCCAGCCUCUCUUUCCCGGUGACAGCGACGUCGAUCAGCUGUACCGCAUCACGAAGGUCUUUGGUCCUCUUUACGGGAAGCAGCCGACGAGCGGUGGCGGUCGCCACGUAACAUUUCUAGUUCGACGUGCAAAAGCCGAACAGGUCUCCGGUAAACCGCGAUCCGCGGCGAUGGCGCUCCGAAAUCUCUUUCCCGCGUGGAGUCCGGUGACGAUCGAUUUCUUGGCACAGUGUCUACGCACGGAUCCCGAUGCCAGGCCAAAGUGCUUCGCGUUGCUGCAGCAUUCGUUUUUCUCGCAAGACGGUUUCGCCGACAGAUUUCCCGACGAGUUGCAGCGACUCGUCGCGAAAGAAUCCGCAAUAAAUCCGCUCGCGGCUAGGAAAGUGGAACCGCCUUCCAGAAUCUGUCGCAGCAGCAUUGGACGGUGGCAAAUGACGUUAAUGAAGGAAAGGAGAGAGAAUAAUAACGCGAAGCUGGAAGCUGCGGAGAACGAGAAUUCGCAGGGAGAUCGAGUCGAUCGAUUGCAAAUAAAUCGGUCGCGGGAAUUGCGUUACUUUGGACCAGUCUCUGUAAUACCGAAUACCACGUACAUUCGACGAUUGGAGCACAAAGGGCUUCUGAUCCCUGAAUCGAAGGGCUGUGUUUUACCGGCUCUGACAUCAAAGACGAACGCUAAGAGAAAAAAGCUCGAUCUCCCCGGCGUAAAAAAUCGUUGAAGACGAUUUCAGCUCACUGAAGAUUCAUUCUUCUUGUAACAUUAUCAUGCCAAGAAAGAAGUGUGUGAGAAAUCUGUACAGAGAAACUUGUUAUAUGUGGGACUGCAGUAUACAAGUAUAGAGCAUUGUACAUAUCUUAUUUUAUACUCUAUAUAUAUUCUAUAAGUGGAUUAAAAUAUGUUUGUAAAAUGAGAUUUAUUCGCUCUGUAAAAAGAAAUGAAUACACUGAAAGGAAUUCUUUU